AUGGCUGUAGAACAGGCUAGCAAUGGCACAAUGUUCAGCAGAAGACAGGUUGAGAUAAUAUCGGGGCUUGUAGCCGGGUUUUCGACCACCAUCGUGAUGCAUCCAUUAGACUUGAUUAAAAUAAGAUUGCAGCUAUCACCGGAAAUCAACACCAAGCGAUUCAAGUCAUUGAUAGAUGUCAUAUCCAAGAUCAAUACGUCGGCAACUACUGAUUUCCACCAAUAUAAACAAGCACAUCAUUCGUCAGGCAUAAAAAGUGCUAUUCUCGGGCGAUAUAAGCUCCCACAUACGGUAUUACAGUACUAUAGGGGAAUAGGACCUAAUAUCGGAGGAAACAUCGUGGGGUGGUCAUUAUAUUUCACAUUGUAUGCUGAAUUUAAACGGUUGAUUGAUUUUUCAAGUCCCACUGCCAACUACUUCACGUCGUCCACGGCAGCAGGAGUGACGACUGGAUUAUUGACCAAUCCAAUCUGGGUGUUGAAGACAAGAAUAUUGGGAACCACUAGGAGUGAUACAGGUGCAUACAGAUCCGUCACCGAUGGGGUAAAAAACAUGCUACAGAAAGAAGGAAUCCGCAGUUUCUGGAAGGGAACCAUUCCCGGGUUGUUCCUGGUAUUCCAGGCCAGUUUGCAAUUUACCUUCUACGAUCAUUUCAAACAGUACCAGCUCUCCAAAAAAUCUUCCACCACCGAUACUUUAUCCACGGGCGAGUACAUUGCCUCGUCUGCUGCAUCUAAGAUCUUGAGUACCAUAAUCGCGUACCCGAGCCAGGUCAUCAAGUCUAGACUACAGAACUCCACCACCGAAUACAAAUCUGUAAUAUCCACGUGUAAAGACGUCUGGCAUAACGAGGGCCACUGGCGUGGAUUCUACAAGGGUGUUGGCACCAAUAUGCUUCGGGUUGUGCCCGCCACUUGCAUCACUUUCGUAUCGUACGAGACAGCAAAGGAUAUAUUGUCCCAUAUGUAA